UCUUCUCUCAUAUUUGUUUAACAGUUCCUCUUUCUAACGGCGAAGCAAUGGGUUUUCCGUUGGGCUAUUCCGAACUCCUCCUCCCAAAAAUCUUUCUUCACGUACUCUCUUUCUUAGGUCUAAUACGAAAACUAAUCUCCACACUUUUCUGGUUCAUUGGUCUACCCGAUUUUUUGGAAGCCGAACCGGUUACAUCUUCAUGGCCCGACCCACCACCAAACUCCACCACCUCAAGCCACCAUGACUCUAACUUGUUUUCAGCAGCGCUGCUAGCUGGGGAGAUCUUGCCCAUUGUCAAAUUCUCGGAUCUAAACCGACCCGAAUCCGAAUGUUGUGCAGUGUGUCUCUACGACUUCGAGAACGACGAUGAAAUCCGACGGCUGACGAAUUGCAGGCAUAUAUUCCAUAAAGAAUGUUUGGACCGUUGGAUUAUGGAUUAUAGUCAGAUGACGUGUCCACUUUGUCGUACGCAGUUCAUACCUGAUGAUCUUCAAAGGUCGUUUAAUCAAAAGCUUUGGUCUGAAUCUAGUGAAGUUUGGUGAACUUCUCGCUGAAUCAUCUUAGGACAUGGUCUUCGUUUUUCUCUCUCUCUCUUGAAAUGGUUGAUAUAAAGGUUAUUUUUUUGUUAGUACUUUGUUUAUUUUUGUUCACUAGUACUUUGUUGUUAGUAUUUUCUUUGGUGGCUGAGGGAUGUAAAUUAAAAAUAGGUAGUGGUUACAGGCUA